AUGGCUUCAGAGAAUAACUUUACAGUGACUGAAUUCAUCAUUAUGGGAUUAAGUGACCGACAAGAGCUCCAACUCCCUCUCUUCAUCUUGUUCUUAGGAAUCUACAUUGUCUCCAUGGUGGGGAAUUUAGUCCUUAUUCUAGUCAUCAGAAUAAGCUCCCAGCUUCACACCCCUAUGUAUUAUUUUCUCAGUAACUUGUCCUUCAUAGAUCUCUGUUACUCCUCUGUCAUUACCCCUAAAAUGUUGGUGAAUUUUUUAUCAAAGAAGAACAUUAUCUCCUAUUCAGGGUGUUUGACCCAGUUCUUUUUCUUCUGUUCUUUUGCUGUUUCUGAGUGCUACAUGUUGACAGCUAUGGCCUAUGAUCGUUAUGUUGCUAUAUGUAGCCCCCUGCACUAUACUGUCACCAUGUCACAGAAAAUUUGUUCCCUGCUAGUGUCAGGGGUAUAUACAAUGGGCACUUUUUCAGGGCUGGUUCAAACAGUCUAUUUGGCUAAAUUGUUCUUCUGUCAAGGCAAUGUCAUCAGUAAUUACUUCUGUGACAUCCUUCCCCUCCUAAAGCUCUCCUGCUCUAGCACAUACAUCAAUGAACUUCUGAUGAUGUUUCUUGUUGGAUUCAAUUCAUUGGUGACCACCCUACCAAUUUUUAUCUCUUAUGCUUUUAUAUUCUCCAGUAUCCUCAGUAUCCACACUGCAAAGGGAAGAUCCAAAGCCUUCAGUACCUGUGGCUCCCACCUUACAGGUGUAAUCAUAUUUUAUGGGUCCAUUAUUUUCAUGUAUUAUAAGCCAGUGUCUAGUUACAAUGUAAUCCAGGAAAAGGUGGCAUCAGUGAUUUAUACUAUGGUUAUCCCAAUGCUGAAUCCCCUGAUCUACAGUCUGAGGAACAAGGAUGUGAAAGACUCAUUGAGGAAAGUCAUGAAAAGCAGGGCAUUGCCCUGA